GAGUGUUGUCAAGGAAGCCACAACAACUUCCGGACGAGCUUUCACGAGGGUGGUCUGGCCUGUAAACUUUGUUUUGACAAGGGCUCAAAAGAUACUGAAUAAGAAUGGAAGCCAGAUACCUGAAGGAAAACCUGGGAUGUUUAACUGCCUGCUUGUCAGAAGUAGCAGAAAAGCGUCCUCAUGAUCCCAUUGAAUACAUUGCAUUCUGGUUGAAAAAGCACAUUGAGAAUGAACGCCUUAUCGCAAAUAAAGAGGAAGAAGCCAAACAGUUAGAGAGAGAGAAGGAGGAAGAAGCUCUUGAGCAAGAGAGAAGAGCUAAGAGACUAGAAGAAGCAAGGCAAUUGUCUGAGGAGGAGGCUGAGAGGAGAAAGGCUGAGGAAGAAAAGCGUCAGAGGGAGGCUGCUUCAGCAUCCAAACUUCCAGUAGUUGAAGAGAAAGAAGAGCCGUCAGAUGGUGAGGCACAAGCAGCCCAAGCAGAACAAGCAGAACAGGAGGCGGGGCAAACGGACGGCACGCCCCCUGAAGAGUCUGUCACAGAGCCCACAGUUGAGGAAGGGGAGGCAACAACCACAGAGGGAGAGGAGGCAGAGAAAACAGAACAAGAAGAAAGUGCUGAAGCCACACAAGAGGAGACAAGUGGGGAGGCAGGCCCUACCGAAGAAUAAAAACCAAAUUAACUUAAGGAUAUUUUAUAGUGCAUUAGGAAUGGUUUCCCAGAUCAACAUACCAUACUUAACAGAAUUUUAGUUUGUGAUGGAGCUUCCUUGCUUCUGAAAAAAGGGGCAUCUCUGCCCAUUCAGUUUUGAUCAUAAACUUCAUAUUAUAGCAAAAUGAGAAUGCUAUCAAAACGAUGAAAAUGCAACAAGCUGUUGUCACUGCAAAGAGUUUGUGAUAAUGUAUUAAAUAUCUUUAUAGAGGCUUCAGGGUCAAAUAAUUCAAUUGGUUCAGUGAUGUAUAAAAUUGUAUGUGUUAAAUAUAGCGUACAGCAGUACAAUUAUGGCUUGUAUGUAUUGAGGGAAUGCUCCGAAAAGUGAUGAUAGUUAUCUUAUUUGUAUAUGUCAGGUUGUAGCCAAUAUCAGUUGCGUAUUUUUGUUUAGGAAAUCGAAGUCUAGAUCAAGGACUAGGUAGAAAAACUGAAGAGGGGUUUGCUGUAAGCCGUUAUUAUAUAGGCCAUAUUUGCCAUUUUUAAAAAGUGUUUUCCCUGUUACGACUUUUUUUGUUUCUUGAGAUGUAAGAGUGUUUGUGUAAAUACGUAAAUGUUGAUGUUGGUUUCAAGUGAGAUGGUACAAGAAUGAAAAUAUGUCAGCUCUGUACGUUUUUGUACUCAUUUACAAUAGAUUUCCGUCCAUAAGCAA